AUGAAACAAACUUUAUUGAAUAAAGAUAUAGUAGAUAAGAUAAAUGUUGAUGAAGUUCUAUCACUUGAAGAUACAUUUUAUAUUCCAUUUGAAGAAGAGUUGCAGAAAUCAAAUGGGAAAAGCCGAUACGAGUGGAUGACAAAAAAGGGAAAAUUGGUUGAGGGAAUGAAAGCUCAAGAUUUCCAGGAAGCCUGUCGGAUAUUUGGUGAAGAAAGGGCCGCAAAGAUUGCCGCAGCAGAUGUGAAUCUGCGCAUUGCCAAUUAUAUGGGUCCUUUAUAUGUAGCAUUAUCCGAUGAUAAAUUGCAGCUCAUCUUAAGCAGUUCCUUCCACAAUGGCGCGUUUGAAGUGCUUGAAUAUUAUUGGGAGAAUCACCCCAAAGAAUUCCAAAAGGUUGAAUCAAGUAUUGCAGAAACAUUUGAACGUUUCGAAGGUGCAAGACGCGUCAUAACCGCCCGGAAACUUUUACAGAAACAUGUCCUUGCAGAUAAUUGGUUGGAAUUCCGGGAAGACGCUCUAGAAAACCGGAAACUCUCGGAAUACCAAUUGAGGGGACUAGAAUCAGCCUGGAGAAUCUCGAUCAACCCAGCUGAGAUCAAAAAUAUUAGGGAUCCUUUCGGCGAUCAAAACGUGAAAAUAGAAGUUUUGAUAGGGCGAAAAGAAUAUAUGAGGUGGAAAGCAUUAGAAAAAUACUUAAUAGGAAGGCGCGACUUGGUAGAAUGGUGGGUCAACGAACCGUUUAGCCUUGAAAACGAAAGCCUCAAGUUCGGUUUGGACGUUACGACGAUCUUGCAAGUAGGCGACGCGCUUCAAUUUGGUCACAACGGCUGGAGUCACCUAAGGAAAAGCAAUGACCGUAUUGAUUCAGAAUAUGCGAAUCUACUGAACAUUGUUUUGAAUGAAAAGGGAAUGCUUCCGUGGCCUGAAUCAGCCGAACGAAUUUGGUUAGCUCGUUUGCCUGAAGAUCUGUACCGACAACGAUUCCAAGAGAUUAGUCGUUACAUCUGGACUUCAGAGGAACCGAAGAAAGGCUCGGUCAAGGUUGAGUCAUUCCCGAAAUCCAAAAAUGUCCUUCUGGAGCACCUCAAUCAUAAACUGGUCAAUUCCCAAGACUCCCACCUAUGGUUUGAGUUACUUCGAUCACUGUGUAAUGAUCAUGAACAUAUUGAUUUGGAAGGAUUCUUGAGGAAGAUGAAGGUUUGGAAGGCGCCUUAUUAUAAGUUUCACUCUCAAAUUCAUCUGACAGACGACGAGAAGAGUGCCCUGGUCGCUUGGCUCACGAAAAUACCCAGAUACAAUCCUGCAUCCAAAUCUAACGUUCGAUCAUUAGCAAGAAUCAAACACAUUUUCCCCUCAAUCUUUUAA